GUCGUCCGAGUUUGGUCAUGGUGCCUUCCAGACCCCGGCGGAGAAGAAGCAGUACCAGGGUACGCUCAAAAAGGAUCUGGCCGCCAGCUCAUAAUGCGUGCAGUUUCCUUCGUUGUGCUUUUUCUCGGUUUACAAUGGCAUUGGUGUCACGGUUCUCGUUGCUCUUUGGGAUGGGGUAUGGAUUUUACCUAGCAUUUCCAGCUUAGUAAAGGUUGCAUAAGAGGAAUGGGAAAAUGAACCAAUUGCCACUCGACUCUGCUGCUCUGUGCUGUGUUUUGUCUACGCAAGCUGUCGAGAAAGUCAACAAGGAGCCCAAUGCACGAAGUAGAUUGUUUUAUCCGAAAGUGGAGUCGCGCCGAGCUAGUCACCCUGCCGAUGCUGGCCGAAUCCAUGGCAGAACCAGAGGUUACAUCAUCGUCGCCCGCUUCUUUGCGCCUCAGCUUGAACGCUUUCAACAUGGUCUCAACCCUCCGCAAUCGUGUUUCACAGUCCAUCCUCACCACACAGCAACCGCCUGUGGAAUCUGUCAACCUACCACAAUACGCGAAAAACCAUAUUCGCAUACUCCGCAGAACCCCCUUCCGCCGCAAUACUCCCUGUUUACGUCCGCUUCCCACUACGGCCUGCAUCCAGACUGAGCGUCGUUCAGCACUACUCGUCGUUUCACAACAGCGCACAGCGCAGCCGUUAGCUCGAGACUCGGAUAGCACUAGAGGACUCUAUUGCCACUACCAGCAGCAGAUAUCCCGCUCGUCCUUUACGCGAUUGUUUACCACGACGACGACGACGAUGGCUUCUUCGUCCUCUGCCGACCAGGCGGAUCGGGAUUACAUGGCUUUCCUGGAGAAGGCGAAUGAGGACCCGGCCAAAGGCCUUGCCACCACCAAUACCAACAAGAAGAAGAAGGAGGAGGGUGGACAGUCGUUUAGAACCACCGAGGAAGGGGUCGAGGUGCCCGAAAGUUUGGUCCGUGUGUGUGGUGGGAAGGGAGUGUUUUAUGUCAGUGAUGCCGACGAACCGUUUGAGGCUGUGGCGCUUCGCUGGGAUGAGAGCGGUAAAGGGCUGCCUGAUGAAGAGGAGUUUGCUGGGUUGAUUGGGCAUUGGGAUCCGGCGAAUGCCGAGGUUGAUAUCAUGGAUCCUGUCGACUGGGACCGGAACGGGCAGUACAAUGAGAUUGUGGAUGCGGUGAGGGAGGCGGGGCAGGGUAAUGAUGUGAGGGUGUACAGGGUGACGCGGAAAGGGGUCAAGGCUGAGUACUGGGUGGUUACGACCGAGGGGCAGGGGAAAGGGGCCAAGUUGGUCGGCGCGAAGGCCCUGGCGGUGGAGAGCUGAGUGUUUCUAUGAAGCGGGUGUUGAGGGGAGAUGGCCGUGGGCGUGACGGCGUCCUGUGAGUGCGGUUCUGGGCUGGAUUAAAGAUACCUUACCUUGUUUUCUCUCUGUUAACUGGAUGGAUUUAGAGCGUCUGUUCGGACAGUAGCAACCCUCUCCUCCUCCUCCUCCUUUCCUCUCUCCCGUUUUCCUGUCGCUGCCCAUUCUCCGAGCCGCUGAGGGCUGGCUUUCAUAGACAAGCUUGCUGCCGGAGUUAAGAUCGAAGAAGAACCCCGAAGGGACGUCGUCAACAACCAUGGCGGUGCCUUACUCCGCAGUCCUUCUUUGGUAGUUGCUCGGCCGGUGUUGGAUGGUUUCUCAUCACCCAGAAGCAGCCACCAUGACGUUGUGCCAGCA